UGCAGGUGUGAGCGCGACUCCACGAGAAUCAGCGGUUCAGUCACUACUACGAAUUAUAGGGGGGAGUUAGCGUUCAAUCAUUGCUGCGAAUCCCAGGAUCAGAGACUUAAGCACUGCUACGACGGAGACUGUGCCCGAUCCCAGUUGGACUCCGAUAAUACCAUAUUCAAUCAGUCAGGCACCGUUGAGCUAUAGAAAGGACGACCACCGGUGGACUGGCAGAACAAUCCGAAUGAUAGUAACGAGGGUUGCUGUGUGAUAGUCAGGAAUGGGGGAUGUGUUUGAGAUGAUAACUUGCCGAUCUUCGGGAAUUUCCUCGACACAACCGUCAGCUGCCUUGCGAACGAGGCAUCUUGAUCGAGUUAAACAUGGGAGGUCUACCCUUUACCAAAUUCCUCACGCUCCGACGAGAACCAGCCCUUUCUUGUAUUACACACCCGACAGUCCCAAGACUGGAGAGAGACAUAGAUGUCUUGACCCUGUCCUGCAGCAGGUCCAGACACUUCAAUUUGGAUAUCGAGGGACUGUCGAAUACCAUCUCAGAUGCAAACCUUUGGACUUUGUAAUCGCUUACCAGUGGACGUAUACAACACCCUCCUCGCAAGCCACAGGAGUCUGCAGGAUUACCUCGGUAUCCCGGGAAAUUAUAGUCGGAGCAAUAUUUGUGAGAGAUUCUGCAGAAAGACAGGCGUAUGAAAUAGACGCAUUCUUCCAUGUGAAAAGACAGGUGAUGUCCAAUGUAAUAUAUCUAGGCGCAGGGAUGCAUAUAUCCUAUGGAAAACACUGCAAAGUGAGCUGACUUGAGCCAAUAGGUCUACCACGUUGAGCCGGAAUUUAAUAAUAUCUUGCAGAUCCGUCGUUCUGCACGGAGCACUGCUUAAUUGCGGGUUUUAUGUGGUUGGCAGGUCGACAAAGUGACAUGGAUGCCACUAGUGGAAACAGCAAUGGAAUGGCUUUAAACUAUAUGGCUCAUGUGGUCAAAUAAUUGGUCAACAGUCCUUCUG